UGUCGUUUUUUAAAUGCUUGAAAAGGGAUUGUUGCGUGCCAAUAGUUAGAGCAUGGAGUUGAGUGCUUAUAAUCUUUUGAGUUUUUUGCCGCUGUGGAGGAAGCGGCUGCCGGGCUGAUAAUGCGGUCAUUUUAACCCGAUGUGUCCCAGUUUUUCCAAAAUACAGAUCUUUAAAGAAUUUUUUAUUAUUCUAGGUUAAUCAUUUUACAUUUGUUUUUCCUUUUUUGUUAACAAUUUUUUGUUUAAAAAAUAAUUUUCGCAAUUUUUGUAGAACGAUGGAUACUGAUAAUUCUGAUAAUGAUGAUGUAUUUACUGUCGAUGAAUUGGAACAACUUGAGCAAAUGCGCAAUGAUUUAUUGGCUGAAUUGAAAGGAAGCGAGGAUCAACAAGAUGAGAGUAUUGAAUAUGAAGGAAUUGAAAAUGAAGAGAUGAAUAAUGUUGUGAAGGAUUUGCAAGAUGCUUCUGAUGGUGCUAAUCCUAAUGAGUCUAUUCAACAAAACGAAUCUUUUGAGGAAGAAGUAAUACAAGAGGAAGAUGACGAUUCUGAUAGUGAAGAAGAUUUUAAUCAAGAAGAAAUCUCCGAACAUAUUGACAAUUUAUUGGAAGAACCAAUUAAAGAAGGUGUAAAAACAACUCCAAAACAUUUAUCAAAAAGAUUUAAACGUGUUUUGGAAUACCGUGCAAACGAUCACUUUAAUGUUUUGCCUGAUGGUUGGGUGGAAAUUACUCAUGCUAGCGGUCUUCCUGUUUAUUUGCACAAACCUACUCGUGUCUGCACAUUUUCGCGACCUUAUUUUAUUGGAAGAAGUUCAAUUAGAAAACACAAAGUCCCAGAAUCAGCAAUUACCUGUCUUUAUCAGAAAAAAUAUCAAGAUGAGGUUGAAGCAUCUCUUAAAGCGGCACAAGAUCCAUCUGUUGUUAAUGAAGAGGGGAUGAAUAAAGAUGGAGGAGAAGAUUCAAGUAACAAUAUUUCUGGAAAAUUAAUUACACCAAAUGUUCGAGUAAAGACAGAAUUGGAUCAACGUAAAAUGCAACUUACUGCUGAUCAACUUUAUUCUUAUGCAAAGGAUCGCUUUAAAUUUAAAGAAAUUUGUAUUUAUCGUUUUGGAAAAUGGACAGAAGCACGGAAUUUUUAUAAAAAACGAAAAAUGCGGCAACUUUUGGUUGGCGGAGAGGGAAGAGAAGGUGGACAUAUGAAAACAGGAUUUAAAACACGAGAAGAACGGCCAGGACUUCCCAGUGAUGUAAAAUUGAUUACUGUUCCUUCACUUGAAAUUGAUUCAAAGCCAAACAAAAGACUUUUUUAUUUAAAUCCGCAAGGAAAAACUUCUGUUAGUAUUUUACAUGAAUUUGUACAAAAAGCACUCAAAUGCACUGUUAGAUAUUUCUUUAGCGAGACUAGAAGUAGUGCUACCCCUUAUCAUUGUGCAGUCAAACUAGUAUUGAAUAAUUCUCAAACUACCACACAAAAUACCGGUCGUAAAAGAUUUUAUAAUUCUCAACAAAAUCAACAACCUUACGCAGAAAUUGUUAAACAAAAAUUGGCAUUAAUGCAUGAAGAUUUUAAUAAAAUAAAUUCUGGACAAAAACUUUCUAGCAGUACUGAUGCUGAAAAUAAGACUGCUGAUGAUCCUUCUGAUUCAGAAUUCGUUGUACUCGGCGAAGGUUUUGGCCCUGGUAAAAAGCAAGCAAAAAUGAUAGCUGCAAAGGCUGCUGUUGAGAAACUUGUACCUGGUGUUGAGUUUGAUGUUGAUGGAAUUGCUUGUAAUAGUAAUAACAGAAAUGAACUCUCUGAAAAUGCUCCAACCUCUUCCAACAAUUUAAUUACAAGUUGCCCUUUGAUGGCUUCUGGAACUUCUGUUGGGUCGUCAAUUACUGAUGGUGAUAGAAAUGAUUUGCAUAUUUUUGAUAUGAUUGGAGUGACUGAUACAAGAAUACCUGAAUUAUGUGCACGUGCUGGGCAACCUUCCCCAUAUCUUGUGCUUCAAGAAUAUUUAAAAAGACAUUCUGCAUUUGGAGAUACAGCAAUUAAUUUAACUAGUCGUUUACUUCGUCAUCAACGUCACGAAUUUAAAUUGUCAAUUGGUGAGGAAUUGAGCGUUAAAGUAAUUAGUGGAAAUAAAAGAGAAGGAAAGCAAAUUGCCGCUCAAGCAAUGUUAAAAAAAUUACAUCCAGAGAUUGAAACAUGGGGUGCAAUCUUGAAACUUUAUGGUCAUGAAGCACAACAGAAAUUCCGAGAUGCUAGGAAAAAUAAAGAUAGUGUGGUUAAACUACAAAGUAUUCAAGAUGAAGCAAAUGUUCGCCAAUUUCAACCAAAUAAACUUAUUUUGGAAAAACUUCGAAAUGAAAUGCUUAAACUCUCCGGCGAUUUAAUCAAAAAUUGUUCUUCUAACAACCAAACGGAUGGAGAAGAGCCUCUUGCAAAAUUUAGACGAUCUGAUUUUUGUUCAGAAUUGCCUAUACUUAGUGAAGAAAAGCUUUCCGAACUUUCAGCUAAAUUUAUGUCAGAACGUCCAGAAUUACAAAAAUGUUUGCCUUCUGUUAGGUUCUGA